AUGCCUGUUGCAGUCCAGAGUGCGGUAGUUUCAGGAUCUGAGUGUGCAAAUGUACACAAAGAGGCUCUGACAAAAAGCAGCAGUCUCAGACGCAUGACAGUUGAAUUUGGGACGAAAGUGAGAGGCGACUUCAGCGAGAGAAGGUUACGGCAAGGCCUUGCAGCGACGCAGGCGGGGAGGAACUACAGCCAGUUUCGGCUUUAUUGCAGAAUGUUGGUUGUGUGCGGGGUGGUGACCCUGCUGGCGGUGGGAUCCAUGACCUACCCCAGCGGCGCCCCAUCCCAGGUGUGUGACGACGUUUCGAUGACGCCCACAUACCACGCCCAGAAUUGUCAGGCGACAGGCGUCAAUAACGAUGAUCAAUACAUUCUCACCGCUGAACCAGUACCGGGUAGCAAUGGCCGUGUUAAGGUGACCCUGACCGGCGACCCCUUCAUGGGUUUCGUAGUGCGAGCUACCACACCCGGUGAAGAGAAUCUUGGACAAUUCAUUGCGAAGGAAAGCAAUGUUGAAUUUCAAACAAUGUCUUGCACGAACUUGACGAACGUCGCCGUGACGCACAUUGACCGAAAGCCCAAGAGUUCCAUCACGCUGAUGUGGAACGACCAAAACAACGGCAAUUAUAUUUUCCAAGCCACGACCGUGCAGAAUAUCACUGAGUACGUGAUAAACAUCUUCUAGAAUAGUCAAGCCUACCGGGUGGCUCCUCCUAGCCACAGCUGCAGCACAGCAUGGGAGACACUUAUAUUUAUUGAAAUGUUAUUUUACCCAAGAAAGUUUUUAGUCUAAACAAACAAUAAAGGGCAGCUUAGUAUUAGUAUGCCUUUGUCAGCAACAGGCGUUUUUUUAGUUCAUGUUUAAUUUAGUACAGAAAUGCUAUUUAGAUACGAAUUGUUAUCAUUAGGUAAUUUCUAUGUAAUUACUUGCAGAAAAUUAUAAUAAAAGGAGUUAAAAACUGA